UGCCUGAAAUAGCUUCCCCAUAAAUACCAGUUGGGCAGCGUAGAGUAUUCAUAGUAAAAGAAACAGGCAACAGAAUGGAGAAGCUGGUUUUCCUCGUCACACUGAUGGUCUGCUGCUCAGGAGGGAGCAUGUUUGAGAGCGAUGUAGGCCAUGACCAAGACUUGUUUGAGAGCAUGUUCACCUUCCCUGGGGAGACCAACACCACUCAUGUGAGAGUCAACCCUGAGUCAACACAGACCUCCAUCAACACAACCACUGUGUGUCUGCGCUUCUUCACUGAUUCAUGUGGAAGUUCCAGUCUCUUCUCUCUCGCCAGCCCAGAGCAAGCCAACAGCCUUCUUCUGUGGAGAGAUGAGCCAAAUGUUUACUACGUGUUGGUGAAUAAUCAAGCGUUGCGCUUCCCUGGUUUGAAAAGCGAGCUGAAUCAGUGGAACUCUAUUUGUGCCACUUGGGAGACCACUACAGGACUGGCCCAGGUGUGGCUGAACAGCAAGCCUAGCCCCAGGAAGUCGGUCAGCCCUGGGUAUCGUAUCGAUGGGGUUCCCAGUAUCGUUCUGGGUCAGGAGCAGGACUCGUAUGGUGGCAGUUUUGAUGCUGCAGAGUCUUUUGUUGGCUCUCUGACUGAUGUCUACAUGUGGAACUCUGUUCUUUCUCCAAAGGAGAUCCAGUACUACAUGACUGGAGUGGUAGUGAGGCCUGGGAAUGUGGUAGACUGGAGGCAUAUUGUGUUUAAUAGAACUGAUGCUGUAGUUGAAGAGACCAGUGUUUUAGGCUUUGCCCAAGAUUGCAGUCAUGGAAUGUCUUAAGGGUUCCAUUGUCACUGAGGAUGUUUGAUUCCUAGUCUGCAUUUGAUUCAGUAAACGCAAAUUCAGUCUCAA